GAGAGCGGAUGAGACGAGGUCAGAGAGACACCAUGUAGAGAGUCAGACAGGUGAGAGCAGGUCCUCAGGUGUGUUCAGGUGUUCUGGAUCAUCAUGUCCAUCAGCGUGAAUCUGAGGAGGAUCUCCAACCUGCCAGGACGAUACGACAGGAAGGUGGAACUCUGCUUCAGAGGUUUCACCCAUAAAACCAGAGUCCUGAAGUGUGAGAACUUGGCCAUCUUCAACGAGCAAUUCCGUUGGCCUCACUACGGAAAAGUGAUCAGGGAAGAAGUUUUGUCCGUCAGUGUUUACAACUGCAGUAAAGUCUUCUCCAACAGAUUGUUGGGUAAGCUGAUCGUCAGUCUCCAGCAUGUUGUUACCUCGGGGAGGCUGUUGCUGCGGGAACCACUCACUGACGCCAACUACAGCCUGACUGAUAUCUACAUAGAGCUGGAUGUUCGGUAUCAUCCUCUCGAGGGAACUGCAGGAAGCUGGGAAGGGCUCGACUUCCUAAAAAUUGAAGACGAGGAUGAGUCAGCUCUGGUCAUCAGGAAUGAAGCAUUUAAUGAACCUGACAGUCAACCGACUUUCACUCGCCCAGGUCAGCUAGAGAGAGAGGUCCGGCGUCUGGGGCGGAGCCUGGUCAGGGCUUCAUCAGGAGAUGAAGAUGAAGAUGAUGACGAUUUUGAUGAUGACCUCAUGGACCUGGAAGCUUCAAACAUCAUCUUCACCCCUCUGCUCAGUCGUUGCAGGCCGAUGUCCAAAAACGUUACUUCAGCAUCGCCCAGAGUCAAGAGCUUCCAGGUGAAUGUAAACAUCCAGGAGGCUCAGAAGUUAGUCGGUGUAAACAUCAACCCUGCAGUUUUCAUCAGAGUGGGAAAGCAGAAAAAACACACAGCGACGCAGAAGUCCACCAACUGUCCUUUUUACAACGAGAAUUUCCAGUUUGAGUUCCAGGAGGACCCACAGAUCCUCUUUGAUAAAGUCAUCGAGUUAAGGGUGUUCCACAGGCGCAAACUGGCUUUCCUGAUGACCCACAUUGGGACCUUUAAGAUCGACAUCGCCACCGUGUACAACCAGCCAGACCACAGAUUCUACCAGAAGUGGGCUCCUCUCGUGGACCCGGCAGAAACCAGGUCAGGAAUCAAGGGUUACGUCAAGGCCAGUAUCAAUGUGCUGAUGAAGGGAGACGCUCUGAGCACGCCCAGUCUGCCUCCCUCCUCAUCUGGAGCCAGCGAGGACAUAGAGAAGAACCUGCUGCUUCCUCGAGGGAUUCCUUCUGAGCGUCCAUGGGCUCGAUUUCGAGUCCGGAUCUACAGAGCCGAGGAUCUGCCAACCAUGGACGCAGGACUAAUGGCCAAGGUGUCAAAGGUCACUGACAGAACCGUCUUCAUUGAUCCCUACGUAAAAGUGACCUUCGCUGGUCAGCAGGGGGAGACGUUGAUUGCCAGCGCCACCAGCUGUCCCGUCUGGAACGAGGAAAUCUCCUUCAUCGAGCAGUUUCCUCCUAUGGCUCAGCGAAUCAGAAUCCAGAUUCUCGAUGAUGCAAAGAUGGGAGACAUCGCCCUGGUCACGCACUACCUGGACCUGCAGCAGAUUUCGGACCCUACCAGGAAUGGGUUUAACCCCACCUUUGGUCCAUGUUGGGUCAACCUGUAUGGGUCUCCUCAGAACUCCACUCUUGGAGACGUCCACCAGGCUUUGAACCAGGGUCUUGGUGAAGGAAUCUUCUACCGUGGACGAAUCCUCAUUGCUCUCUGCGUCGAGGUUUACUCCUCCCCCUCUGCCGUUAUAACAGACACAGCCGCUUUGGGGAAGAUGAAAGGAGCACUGGGGAAGCUGGGAAUGAGGAAGAAGACGGGCGGCAAGAAGGAGAAGCAGCAAGGAUCUGUUGCUGCCGGCAGUUUGGCUGGCGAUUCAGGAGAAGCAGCAGUUGAGGUACCAGAGGCUGUCACCGUUGAGAUCGAGGAGAUCCACCCAUUCCCUGAGGGUUUUCUGGGACAGAAGGAGGAUUUUCUGCUGUUUGCAUCUCUGUUUGAAAUCACCAUGAUGGACCCAAGCAUAGGAAACAGGCCAGUGACCUUUGAGCUCUCCAUUGGGAGUUUCGGGAAAGCAGUGAGGGUUGUGAGAUCCAAGAAGAGCCAGAGCAAGGAGGAGCUGAGGAAGAGCAAGGAGGAGCUGAGGAAGAAGCUGAGUAUGAGCAAGGAAGAUAUAAAUGAGGAGGCCCGGGGUCUACUGGAGUCUGAGGAGGAGCUAGACAAAGAAGAGGUGCUGAAUCCUGAACCUGAGAACAAGUCCUUGUCUGAUGCUUUGAGACCUGAGCCAACUGAGUAUGACAGGUCUUUCCAGUGUAUUCCUCUCCAGCCCCCCUCCUCAAAACCGAAGCCUUGUCUGUUUGUCUGGAGUCAGUUUGAAGAUUACAGCUUUCGACUCUAUCAGGCUAACUUGCUCAGCAAGAUGGCCGACAGACUGGAGAUCGGUCUUGAUGAGGUGGAGCGUCUCUUAAGAAGACCCAGGAGUAACGUCAAGGAGCGUUUGUUGGAGGUGUUGCUGGAGUUUGUGGCUUCCUGCAAACAGUUCAGUGGUUUCUCGGACAGGAAAUCUCAGUCCCGUCCCAACAACCUGGACAGAUGCAGAAGGGAGUUUAUCAAGAAAAAUUUAGUCUUGUUGGCGAGACAGGCAGUGAAGGCCAGACGCAGGAUGACCAGGCGAACAGCGAAACAGCGGUUAAUGGAUAGCAGGAAACUCCUUAAGAGACUUCGUCUGCUAGCGAAAGAGCCCCAGAAUAUCAUCCCAGACGUGUUUCUUUGGUUGCUUACUGGAAGAAAGCGAUUGGCUUAUGUCAGGAUCCCCGUCCACUCCAUCUAUUUUUCAUUGGUUGAAGAGCAAAGAGGCCGGGACUGUGGGCGACUUACCACCCUCUACAUGAAGUCUCCAGGAAGUUCGGCGAGUGAAAUCUUUGCCAAGCUGGAGGUCUACUUGUGGUUUGGUCUUGCAAAGUACAGUAAAGAGGUCACUACCUGCCUGCCAGAGGAGUUUCUGCCAGUCUAUGCAGAGGAGGAGGAGGAACAGAAGAGGCUGGUCCAUGCAGGGAAGAGGAAGCUACCUGUUAGUCUGUCCUGCCAGGACAGCAAGUACUACCAGCUACGAUGUCACUUGUAUCAGGGGCGUGGCCUAAUGGCUGCUGAUGACAACGGCCUUUCGGAUCCCUUCGCCAAGGUUGUCUUCGGAACUCAGUGUCAGGUCACCAGGGUCAUGUCUAGCACCCUGUCUCCAGCCUGGUGCGAGUGUUUGCUAUUUGACAGAGUUCUUCUGGAGGGAACAAAGGAGGAUCUUACACAAGACCCUCCCCUCAUAAUCAUCAACAUCUACGACCAAGACCAAAUGGCGGCUCCCAAGCCUCUGGGUCGAACCUUUGCUGAGCCGGAGUUUAAAACUGUGGAGCAGUACUACAAGAAGCCCCACCUGCGUUUCUAUGACAUCAGCAUGGGAAAGGUGCCUGCUGGGGAGCUGUUGGCUGCCUUCGAGCUCAUUGAGCUGGACUACUCCAAGUUUGGAGAGCCCCUUCUCCCAAGCAGUGUGGACCCGCAAGAACUGACCUACCUAGAGGAGCAGAGAUGUUACUUCAUCCCGGACGGAGUCCGACCUGUUCUGAAGACCUUCAGGAUUGAGGUGCUGUUCUGGGGUGUGAGGGAGCUAAAACGGGUUCAGCUGUUCGAGGUGGAGCGGCCGAUGGUAAAGGUGGAGUGUGCCGGACGACAGCUGGAGUCUGAAGAGAUUGAGAGUUACCAGACUCACCCAAACUUCAAAGAGCUGGUCCUCUACAUGGACGUGCAACUGCCAGAGCAGACCUACCUCCACCCUCCUCUGACAUUGUUCGUUGUGGAGCAGCGAGCAUUUGGUCGACUUGCUCUUGUCGGGACGCACGUCGUCCAGAGCCUCAUGGCCUAUGCCCCUGCUGAGCUUGAGGGGGAGCCUGAGGAGGAAGAGGAAGAGCAAAAACCAAAACCAAAACCAAAAGCAAAUCAAAACUCAAUGAAGAUCAGACCUCUGUCGACAGUGAAGAAUAUCGGACUCAGCGGUCUGUCGAUCACUCAGUCAAAGAUUCCUAUGAACCCCAUCAAGCUGCUUAAUGGCCCUCUGAACAAGCUUAAAGACAAAGGAGAGGAGUUAGAGGAGGAGCCACCUGAGCAGGAGGAGUUGGAUUGGUGGUCCAAAUAUUAUGCUUCAGUGCAGGAGUUGGAGAGAAAAGCUGUUGAGGAGGAGGAGAUGGCAGAGGCAGAAGCAGAUAAAGAUGGAGGGAAUAUGACCAUGGGAAAUAUUGAAGAGGAGGAAGAGGAAAUAGUGGUGGUGGAAAUUGAGCCUCCAAAACGCAAGAAGAUUGCUACACUAAAGUUGUACGGAGGUGAUCUGGAGUCAGAGUUCAGUCAGUUUCAGGACUGGCUGCGGAUCUUUCCGCUGUAUAAAGGCCGAGUAAGCGGUGAGGAUGAUGAUGACGAUGACGAGGAGAGAUUCAUGGGAAGCUACAAGGGGUCUUUCCUGGUCUAUCCGAUUGAUUCGGGAGACGAAGAAGAUGAAGAAGACACAACCUGUCGGAUCACGAAUGGAAUCCCCAAAAACACACCAAUUAAAGUCUUGGUCCGAGUCUAUAUUGUUAAGGCCACCACUCUGACUCCAACAGACCCGAAUGGUAAAGCAGACCCGUAUCUGGUGGUCAACGUUGGAGAGCAGAGUCAGGACACCGAGGAUCGAUACAUCCCCAAACAGCUCAACCCAACAUUUGGAGAAGUCUUUGAAUUCAACAUUUCUUUCCCCCUGGAGACGGAUUUGGUUAUCCAAGUGAUGGAUCACGAUAUGCUGGGAUCUGAUGACGUCAUUGGGGAGACAAGAGUCGAUCUGGAGAACCGGUUCUACAGCCGCCACAGAGCCAGCUGCAGUCUGGCACUUUACUAUGAUGCUGACGGCUACAAUAAGUGGCGGGAUGCCAAGAAGCCGUCGGCCAUCUUGGCAGAGCUCUGCAGGAAGAACGGCAUUAUGUCUCCAGAGUACAGACCGUCUGAAGUCAAAGUUCUCAACAAAAUCUUCAAGAUCCCACCUGAUGCAGUACCUGAAGCUCUUCUGAAAAAGAACCAGCGGACUCCAGAGGAGGAAGCAGAGAUGGAGGAACAUUCAGCCCUGAGCGUGCUGCAGCGCUGGGGGGAAAUGAAAGAGUUCAUCCCAGGAGCUGUUCCUCUGGUCCAAGAACACGUGGAGAUCCGAUCUUUAAUAAACCAGGACAACCCUGGACUGCCACAGGGUUACCUUCAUAUGUGGGUGGACAUGUUUCCUACUGACGUCCCAGCUCCGCCUCCUGUUGACAUAAAGCCCCGCAAACCUGAACAGUACGAGCUGCGUGUGAUCAUUUGGAACACUGAUGACGUUUUUCUUGAUGACGUCAACCCAUUCACCGGUGACCCAUCCUCAGAUAUCUACGUUAAGGGAUGGAUAAGGGGACUGGAAGGAGACAAACAGGAGACAGAUGUCCACUUCAAUUCUCUGACUGGAGAAGGAAACUUCAACUGGAGAUUCAUAUUUCGCUUUGACUACCUUCCUACUGAGAAAGAGGUGGUGUUUAAGAAGAAGGAGUCCUUCUUCUCUCUAGAGGAGUCAGAGUUCAGACAGCCAGCUGUUAUGUCGCUGCAGGUCUGGGACUACGAUCGCAUCUCAGCCAACGACUUCCUGGGUGCCAUUGAGUUUCGUCUGUACGACAUGGUGCGUCCAGCAAAAACAUCCGGUAAAUGUAAGAUUGACAUGGCCAAGGAUCGCGCCAGCCCUCGAUUCUCCAUCUUUCGUGCAAAGAAGAUGAAGGGCUGGUGGCCGUUAACCCGCCUUAAGACGGCCGAGGACUUUGAGAAGGAGGAGAAGGAGAGGGAGGAGGCCAAGAAGAAGGGGAAAAAGAAGAAGAAGAAAAAGAAGGACAAGAGGGGAAAUAUGAAGAAGGAGGACCUGGAGUACAUUGACAGCAGUGGCAACACUUACUUGUUAAUGGGAAAGGUGGAGGCGGAGCUUCAGCUGGUGACACUGGAGCAAGCAGAGGCAAACCCUGUGGGACGAGCCCGGAAAGAGCCGGAGCCUUUGGACAAACCUAAUCGCCCCACCACCAGCUUCAACUGGUUUGUCAACCCGCUGAAGACCUUCAUCUUCCUCAUCUGGAAGAAGUUCAAGAAAUACAUAAUCGCUUUCGUCAUCCUCGCCGUCCUCACGCUCUUCCUCGGUCUCAUCGUCUACACGCUGCCGGCGCAAAUCUCCAACCUCAUGGUCAACGGGUGACGAGACCUGCGGGGAAUCUUAAUUACUCCUGCUGGUCUCUGGUGAUAGACUGUCUCAGGUUUUUAGCCCUGAACUGAUCCAGUUUAAUGUGGACUGAAGUCUUAUUGAGUAUGAUUCAUAUUUAAACAUCACUUAAACUAAUUUGAUGUGUUUACACUAACUGCACUACAUUACCCAGCAUGCCUGUUUAAAUACAAACACCUUUGGACAUGGGAGCAUAAUGAGAGAUCUGGUUAUUGUCAAAUUUGUCCAUCACAAGAGGAAAUUACUGAACACAUUCAUGUGGAUUUAACUCACAUUUUAUAUUUAUAUUCCCAUCCAUCCAUUAUCUGUACCGCUUUACCCGUUUGGAUAUAAUCCCAGCUGUCAUUGGGCGAGAAGCGGGGUACACCCUCGGCUGAACGCCAGUCAAUCACAGAGCUGACAUAUAGAGACAGACAACCGGCAACACUCACAUUCACAUUUAGAGUCACCAGUUAAUCUAACGAGCGUGUCUUUGGACUGUGGGAGGAAGCCUGAUGCUGCAUUCAUGUGCCGCUUGGGUGGUCCAAGUUUCUGAGUUGUCAAGUCGUUCUUCUGACUUAAGUGUGUUCACAUGAUUUCAGCUCGGAAAGUCGGAAUUUGAACAAAAAGUUUAAGUGCAAUACACUGAUUAAUAAAACGUUUGUUAAUAUUAACAAAACAUAUUUUGCCCCCCAUCUGAUGUCAAGUCGGCAAAUCGGGCACCUAAUUCUUUUCUGAGUUUCUGAGUUUUUGUUCCCACUUGAGCGUUCAUUUGGAUUUUACCGAUGUGUCCGACACCACAUGAAUGCACCAUGAGUACAUGGAGAGAACCCACACAUGUACAGGGAGAACAUGCAAACUCCACACAGUGAGGCUCCUGUCCGACUGGGAUUCGAACCAGGAGCCUCCUCACUAACCAAUGCACCACCUUGAGCCUUAUUUUACAAUUGAUCAAUUUAUUUUCACUGAAACUCUCUUUCACUGUGUAUAUAGACGUACUCUCUAUAUCAGCACCUCUCCAGAUUUAAGUGUAUGACAAUAUCACUAAAUUAAUAAUCUGUGUUUGAUGAUGGAUUAUUUUUGUGGAGUUAAAUUUGAGAGAAGAAUAAUGAAUAUAUCAAUGUAUGUGUGUAUUCAGAUUUUGCACUUACUUAGAACUGCAGUCAAAAUACAGAAUUGUACAAGUGUGAUCCUUUUUGGACUGAAUUAUGGAUUUUAAAUAAAAACGUAUUAAAAUCUGUCAAGUG